AUGGUACUCAAAGGCAUCAUAGCUGCUGUCCAAAAUCUUUAUAUCCUCACUUGGGAUGUUGGACUCUUUACUUUCAAUCUGUUAACACCUAAUCUCAAACCUGGACAUGUUGUCCCAGAAGGACACCCCGGUGCGAGAGGGUCAUGGCCCGAGUAUAUUGCGCCCAAGGAAGGUGAUAGCAGGUGCUCAUGUCCGGCUUUGAAUGCCUUGGCCAACCAUGGAGUGCUACCCCGGGAUGGGAAAAGCAUUUCGCUUCGGGAGCUCACACGAACCGUUCGGGCUGCAUACAAUUUCUCUCCCUCGUUCUGUUACUUCGUGCCGCUGUACUGUGCAAGAAUGCUUGGGAAGGACUAUAAUCAAGACGCCGUUGAUCUAUCUGAGCUUGAUUUACAUAACGGUAUUGAACACGAUGCAUCGCUCACAAGACAGGACAAGUACCAUGAACCAAAUCAAGGAACUCCCUAUAUUCCUUAUAUCGAAGAGCUUCUUGCAUCCUCUUCUGGAAAGGCGUUGGAUGGUUCGGCUCUCCUCACUCCCGACGACCUCGCACGUUUCUCAGCGAAGCGCCGCACCGAAGCAGCCAGCUCUAACCCCGAAUUCUCGCUGGACUGCAUACACAAAAUAUUCGGGAGCUCUAACUCGUCGACGAUGCUUACCAUAAUGGGUGGAAGAGUGAAAGACCUGGAAUCUUUUUUGAUCGAGGAACGUAUCCCGGAUGGCUGGGAGUCUAGGGUUCUUUCAAGAAAGGGACUAACAUUCCAAGCUUUCAAUAAAACUGUCAUAAAGGUGGAAUGUAAGACGAGGAAUCUCACAAACAAGGCGAAGAAGGAGAAAACGGUUCGUGCAACCGUGCUGCGAUACCUCCUUGGCUGA